CCGCCCCCGCCGCCGCCGUCGCCGUCGCCGCACCGGCUCAGCUCGCCGCCAUGCCCCCCGUCAAGUGGCUGAUGCACUGGCACCCGAACCCGGGGGCGACGCUGAACAGCCAGAUCCUGGCGGAGGCGUGCGCCUGCGCGGAGUCCCUCGGCGGAUCCAAGGACGGGCGGUGGAAGACCUCCAUCAUCUUCUACCGAGCGAUGGCGCGCGACGGGGCCUCCGCCGCCGCGGGCGGGGCGCCGCCGCAGCAGCCCCCCGACGUGCCCCGGGAGCUCCUCGGCGUCGCGCUGCACGAGCGCCCGGGGCUCUACUUCUCCAUCCUCCGGGCGCAGCGGCUCGUCCUCCAGGCCGACUCCGCUUUUCCCCAGGUCAUGGAGAAGCUCCAGUCCUACAAGGCCCGCGUCACCCUCAACUUCGAGGGGUUUCAGUAUCAACUAGGUGAUUUUUGUUUGAGGAUUGGAAAAUGUGUUCCUAACAAUUCAGAAACACUAAGGGGAAUCAUGAUGGAGGUAGAGUAUUAUCCCCUAUCUUCCAUUGAAAAAUCCAGGGCAGUUAUGGAAGACUUCUUUGACAUAUGGCGGGAAACAGUUGAUAAAAAAUCGUUACCUGGUCAUUUCAUCCAUGUAGAAUCUAGCUUUUCAGAAUAUGGUCUUUCAGAUCACUAUUCUUUCCAGCACACUGCAGUUCAGUACGCAACUUGUUUGCAACAACUUAUGGCUGCCGUGAGGGGCUAGAUGUAGAAUAUUACCUUUUUUUUAACUUGUUCCUGCGACCCUAAUAACAUCUUAUGCGAUGAAAUGUAAUUGUUCUGCAAGGAGUGAUACAGUGAUUGUUCUGAAAAAAAAAUGAGUAGCUAUGACCUGUGUUAUCACGAGUUCUUGUUGUCAGUAGGGUUUUGUCGAUGUCAUGUACAAUUGUAUGUUAACAAUGACUGCGUUCUUUUGGUGAUAAAAUAUGA